GGGUCCACAGUGAUGUACAGUAUUUGGGAUGCUUCGGAUCAGUUCCUAAAUUCCCAGUUGUAUCUCUAAAUGAAGUAUUUUUCGAUAUAGAUUCUUGACUCAUAAAACGUUUUCCGAUCGUCAUCAAGGUGAUUCGGAGACUGGCUGCCUUGUUCGGAGAAUCGGAAAGCGGAGGAUACUCCCACUCUUGUUCUCACUUGUGGGAAGAGGAGAAAAAACUACUCCGCAAAUAUUCUAUAAUACGUUGAAGCCAUCACCUCGAUUUCUCCUGAUGUUGACAAACAAGUCUACUGAUACUGAAUACGAUUCACAUCCUUUGACCGAGAAUGACGAAGUAAUAUUGAGCUUGGGGAAAUAGAGUCAAGAAUGUUGCGAAAUUUCAAAAUGUAGCAAAUGUGUUAAUUCAUCGUUCAAACAUUAGUAGUGGGACGCAUGACCUUGUAUAAUCAAUGGAACCUUGCUCCAAAAUCAACAAGAUGGCUUCGCUUCUGCUGGUGGCAUAUUUGCUACCAGACGGAGGAGGCGUUUUGUCAUGAAGACUCUUGCUAUGGAUGCAGAUGACGCUCUCAGCCAAGAUGAAAAUUUGGUCACACUGAAAGUGUACAUUCCUGACCUUCUCAUACAAAAAAACUUCCAGUUUCAAAAAGAUGAGUUUAUUUGGGAUAUCAAGGAACAGAUAAUUGAUUCUUUACCUAAGGAACUGAAAGAAAGCUUUAAUUACGGAAUAUUUUGUCCUCCUAUUAAUGGCAAAGCUGGGAAAUUCCUCGAUGAACAAAGGCCGUUAGCUGAUUAUCCAUUUCAUUCUUCUGUUGGUUAUGUCGAGUUAAGGUACAAACGCCGUGUAUACAAAAUGAUGAACGUAGAAGAAAAGCAAAUAAAACAACUGCACACAAGGGCCAAUCUUCGGAGAAUGAUAGACCAUGUAAAUAGUGGUCAAGUAGAAAAGAUAACAAAGAUGUGUGCUAGAGGGAUGGAUCCUAAUUUUCACUGUCCAGAAACUGGAGAAUCGCCAUUAACAUUAGCUACUGGACUGAAGCAACCAGCUAAAGUUAUAAUGGCAUUAAUUAAUGGCGGAGCUUUACUAGAUUUUCGGACUAAAGACGGACUGACAGCUCUUCAUAAAGCAGUUGAAAAGAACAACUUGGAAGCACUGAAGACACUUCUCGAUCUUGGUGCUUCUCCUAAUUACAAGGAUAGCAAAGGCUUAACACCAUUAUACUAUACAUUGCUACAUGCUAGUGACCAUCAGCUGACAGAAAUUCUUCUGCAUGAUCAUGCUUUUAUUGGAACCUGUGAUCCACAAGGUUGGCAAGAAGUACACCAGGCUUGCAAGCAUGGGCUGGUUCAGCAUCUUGAGCAUUUGUUAUUUUAUGGAGCUGAUAUGAACGCACGCAAUGCGAGUGGAAAUACACCUUUACACGUUUGUGCUGUGAAUGACCAAGAAAGUUGUGCUAGGGUACUUCUUUUUAGAGGAGCUGAUAAAAAUGCAUUGAAUUUUGCAAAUCAAAACCCUUAUCAAGUUGCUGUAAUUGCCGGAAACUUAACUCUUGGUGAACUUAUUCGAAACCACAACCCGGAAGAUGUUGUGCCAUAUCGUGAAAUGCCAAGAUAUAACCCAAGAAGACGAGCUAGUAUUGCUCCAGUACCUACACUUAGUCGUACGCAUAGUGACCCACGCCUAGAUUUAAACCUAGGAAUGAAGCCUCCUUCACCAUGUCCAUCAAACUGUUCAUUACCGCCUUUCUCUUCUAUCUCGUGUAUUUCCGACGCUUCCACCGGUUCAUCCUCUACGUGCACACAGCCUAGUGGAGAAGAUAGUGAAGACACUGCUUCUGGAAGUGUAGUGACAGAAAAAAGUGUAACUAGUGAUUCUUCGGGAGUAUGUACUAGUAACAGUGCUGCUAGUUAUGAAUCAGGUCCAGAGCAUCAUGUCUUUUAUGAUUCAUUCCUACCGGGAAGCAAAUGUGUUUGUGUUUCUAGUUACAGUUCAGGAGCUCCUGGCCAUCUACAAUUGUCUUAUGGUGACACAGUGGAAAUCAUUAAUGAAGCAGAAGACGGCUUAUUAUUGGGUAAGCUGCCCUCUGGUCAGGUUGGUUAUUUUCCUGUAUCAUGCGUGCAAGAAGUGAACUCACGCGUGGAUAACUUGCAGUCUGUGGGAUACCCAAGAGUCGAAGGAAGAAGAGAGAGAUGUGCUAAACGAGUCAGUACCAUCCCAAGAAGGUGGAAAGCGUUUGGAGAGCCCAGGACCGUAAUCCUACAUAGAGGCAAGAAAGGUUUUGGAUUUGUAUUACGUGGAGCAAAAGCUUCCAGUCCUUUGAUGGAAAAGGAAGCAAAUGUAUCUUGGCCUAGUCAAUAUUUGGAAGAUGUAAACAAAGGUGGUGUUGCUGAUCUUGCUGGAUUAAAAAAAGGAGACUAUUUAUUAGAGAUUAAUGGUCAAGAUGUUUCUCAAGCAUCACAUGAACAUGUUGUUUCAAUAAUUCAGCAAUCUGGAAACUUGGUUGCAAUGACAGUUGUAACAUUGAAAAGCCCACCUGUUGCUUCAUCUGUUGAAAAUGUUCCUUUGCCAUAUCGCCAAUGUGCUACACUUCCUAGAAAACUCGCUGGUAAGAAAGCUCCUACUCCACCUAAGAGGGAUCCAAAAACUACUCUGUCAGUUGGACGAGUAAGAGCAAGAUCCAUGGUUGCAGGGCUUGCUGAAAUAGAAUCUCUUGAUCGAACUUUGAAUGAGUAUGACUCCGAAGGUAGGUCUACCAAAAGCAGUUCUGUUGAAAGCAUUCCAAAUAAAGCAGCAAUGAAAGCUGCUAAUUCCCAUUUGACUAAAACUGCUUCAAUCAAAGCUCGACCAAGUUCUCAGAGAGUAUCAGCAGCUGAAUUAGAACAGUUUUUUGCAAGACAAGGAUCUAAAAGGCAUCUUCGAAGCCACACUUUAAAUACUAGAUCAAGAGCUGAUAGCCGUCCUCCAAAGGUAUAUGGAAGUGUUGCUGAAAUGAAACGUUCAAGGGCAUCAAGAUCGAAAUUAACUGAGGCUACAUUAAAAGUUCACAAAGAUUUUUCUAGUACUCCAGAUCUUAAAGCAGUAAAUCUGACAACGUUUUCAAAUAGCUCUAUAGCUAGAAAGAAGAGCCUUAGUCAAGAGGAUCUGCAAAAUGUACGAGGCAAUCGUCAUUCUUGGGCUUGUACUCCUAAUGGUUAUAAUAGCUAUCUUGGCUUGUGUGAUAAUGAAGAAUGUAGUUUAAAUUAUAAUGAUGCAUGGAAAUCUAUUGAAGACGUGUAUGAUAGUACAAUCCCAGUUGAACAAAGGGAUGUCAAUUCAGAUAUAUAUGCACAGACAUUACCAAUAACUAAAAAAGAUAAAUCUUUUAGAGCCAGUUGCCCUCCUCCUUCUCAUCCUCCACCACCUCCACCUAUUGGGCAAGUAAUUAAAGUAGACGUUUCUAAAGCUUUAGGUGAAUAUGCCAAUGUAAAUAUGACAGACGAGGAUGGUAACUCACAAAUCAUGUCAAGUUUCCGUCCAGGAGACAGUGCCAAACUAUAUGCAUCCCCUGAAGUAGUAAUGAGUGUUGGCUACAAGUCUGAGCCUGUAUCUGUUGCUAAAGAUGCUGUGCAUCCUAGAAGAUCAGGUGGGGGAUCUAGUCUUAGAUCUCAGUCUCUUCCACCCAAAAUUCCUGUAAAUAAGUCUGAUAAAGGAAGCACUACAUCUUCUGAAGCAGAAAACAGCGGUGACUCUGGGGGACUUUAUUCUACAUUUAAAAAGACUAACCGUCAGAGAGAUUCUAUGUCUACAGAUAGUGGUCAUGUCUCAGACAGAGGAGCAUUGUGGUCUAUUAAAGGGAAGUCUGCAGUAACUAGUGCCUAUUCUUCGAAAUUUGAUUUCGAAGAUUCCGAUGCUGGCAGUCCUCAGAAUUAUCCUACAGUUAAAACUCCAAACCAUGAGCCUUUUAUUCCAGAACCAGACUAUGAAAGUAGUGAGGAUGAUUUUAUGCCUAUAUCUGUGGAUAAAGGUGGGAGUUUAUCGACUUUCGGAAAAGGUGACUCCGGAGUGCACGAAGAGAAAGUUCCUAAUCAGUCAGACUUUCCUGACAACCAACAAAUGCAGAUUGAUAAUUCUGCACAAUUUAGUCCUCAUACAGAAGCCAAACGAGCCAUACAAGAAGCCAGGGAUCGUCUAAGAUUUUCUCAAAAACCUUUAGACAAGAAUGCUACUGUUGUUUUUAUUAGCGGUAAAAUAACUGAACAUAAAGUGGAAAAAAGCGAAAUACAACUCCAUAGAACCGAAGAAGGAAGACUAACUGGCACCGUUGUCAUAUCAACUACAAAUGAACCUCAAGAAUCGCAUUAUUUAUCGUCUUCUAUUCUUAAGACUUAUGAAAAUGAAAAAUGUACUGCUCUUCGUUAUCCCAGUAGAGAUGCUCCUGCAUCUGAAUAUGCGAAGUAUCGGCAACAAAUUUUGAGUGGUAUGAAUCAACCUGUCGAUUCUGAGAGUAACCUUCCUCCUCCUCCAGUUAUUGAGGUUGUUGAAAGUGAUUCAGUAAUAAAGCAAAGUGACGGAGCACAGGUUGAAUGUAAGAAAGAUUUCAAACCUAUUGAUGGAUUAAAAAUCACAUUAACAGGAUCUCAGAAAAGUCCUGAUAAUAAAGGGGAUAUUGAAAAAGAACAGGGAGAAUGUCCUUACCUUCCUGUUAAGGGAUUGCCUAAUGAUAUAGCAGAAAACAGCUCAAGUGGCGUAUCAUCGGAUAUAGAUACACAAAGUGAUCAAAUUGGAGUCAUGUCUAGUUCUACUGAAGAUGAUAGCAAAGCUGAAACUGUUGUGCAGUUAUCGGAAUCUGGUCAUUUACGUGAAAGUCAGAAUAUUAACCAAAGUAAAAGUGAUAAACCUGCUGAACAUAUUCCUGCUACUAAAACUGAAAAACCACCCGAUAUUCCUUCACAGUAUGAAACUGCUUCUAAAAAAACUGCAAAAGAGAUUGCUAUGUCAUUAGCUAGUGAAUUACAGGGUCUUCGGCACAGUAACAUAGAGAGUAAACCGAAGUCUCAGUUGGAUAUUAUUUUUAGGGAACCUUCUGGUAGUGUGAUAAAAAGUGCUCAAACAAAAGACCGAAAACAUUCAGGAGUCUCUCCUCGAAGGGAAAAGAAACAUGAAUCGGAAGCAAUUAAAGCAAAAACUGCGACAGAAAGCAGUUUAGAAGAAAGUUUGGAAGUCCUAAGGUUGCAAGUGAAUUCUCUUGGUCUUGCAGCAGUGAACGAAGUUGAUGUAUUCACUGAAUUAGUUCCUCCUCCACCAGAAUUUGCUGCUGCUGCUGCUAUUGCUUCAGAAAAUACUUCUAAAAAAGAAACGUAUUCGUCUUCAGAAAUAGCAAUUGCUCCUCCUCCCGAAUUUUCUGACAAUUCACCACAGUUAAGAAACAAAACUUCAUCUCAUAGAACAGCCUCAAACGUUCAUCAAAGAAAAAAUUAUCCAUUGAGUUGCCAUUUAAAUGCAUCUCCCAACUCAGUUGAUUUAAACUUUUUGACGUCUCUGAGAAGUAAAUCACCGAACAUUCUGCAUAUGGUCCGGAAAGAUAAAAAGUCUUGUUUAGGAAGUGGUAGUGGUAGCGUUAAUGUACAUUUACCUUGCACAAGUGGCCUCAGGCAUUUACCUUCAUUCAACCCUUCAGAGCAUUCUCUGAUUCAUGAAAGUGCUACUAAUGACUUAUCUCGCUUGAAAUCUGUACAAAAAGAGUUUCGUUUCAAGUUAUUACAGGAGUGGACAUCAAAUGAUAUAGCAGAUUGGCUUGACAGCUUGUUUCUUCCUGAAUACAAACAGCGGUUUUCGGAAGCUGGGAUAACUGGAGCUAAAUUAGCUAACAUGGACAGUAAUGACUUAAUGGGAUUAGGUGUUAAGCAGAUGGGACAUAGACUGAACAUGGAACGAUCACUAAAAAGAUACUUGAAAUGAACAGAUUAUUUAGUGUACAAAAAACCGUUCUAGUUUCUGCAUUAGCUGGUUUCUGCUCCCAAAAAUCAAAUGAAUAAGAUAUAAAAUAGUUUUGUGAUCAUUAAAUUCUAUAUAUUUAUAUGUAUAUGGAAUUAGUUUAGUGAUUAAUUCUAUAUACAUAUAUGAAUUAUUAUACUUAUCUCAAUAAUUCUAUUCUUCCCAGCAGCUGAUAAAUAUUAAGAUCCAUUUUGUAUUCUCCUUGGAGCAAAUAUGUAGUUGCAUGUAUUGUAAAAACAUUUUAAACUAGAAUAAUAUUUCUUUUAAGCAGACCAGUCUGAACAAAAUUAGGCAGGGAGUUGUUCAUAAGUGCUAUAUUUAUUGACCAGUCAUUUCUGAAAGGGCCGGAAAGUGGCAAUUAUAUAAAGUAUAUUAUUUUCAACGUUGUGAUUACAUGUUGUAGUAAAAUAUUUAGAGCAUUUUGCCCUUUUAAAAGUGAUUCUGUAGAGAAAAUAUUAUUGAUAAAUUCUAAUGUUGCCAGCUGCAUAUUUUAAUUUGUAUAAAGUAUUUAUUAUUCUGA